GCAAACCACCGCCGUUAUCUUACCUCACGCUGACGUUUAGUUUCUUGACUGUGAAGAAACCACAAAUCUAAAAUGGGUUGACCAAUAAGAGUCAUCUCCCAAUGAUCUCUCUCUCUCUCUCGGAGCGUUCAUAAGCAUUGACUGCGGCAUCGCCCCCCGAUUCCACCUACACGAUUCCAAGACCAACAUAACCUAUGUUUCCGACAGCGCAUGCACAGACGCCGGCACAAACCGAAACACCUCCGCCGCAUACGUUUCCUCCAGCAUGGGAAGGUGAUGGUUGAGCCCCAGAAGCUUUCCCAAUGGGACUCGCAAUUGCUACACGAUCAAGCUCAUCACCCGGGGCUCCAAGUACCUGCUACGGGCGUGGUUCAUGUACGGGAACUACGAUGGCUUCAACAACCAGUCACUCCGCUUCGACCUCCACCUCGGAGUCAACUUUUGGGCCACAGUCAAUAUCACCGACCCCGGCAGCUUUGUCACGCUCGAAGCCAUCACCGUGGCCUCGGCUGAUUUCCUCUGGGUGUGCCUGGUGAACACGGGAUACGGAACUCCGUUCAUAUCCGCGCUCGAGGCGAGGCCAUUGAAGGACAACCUUUACCCGGCCGCGAACGCCUCCCGUAGUCUGGUCCUUUUCAAACGGAUUAACCUACGAGCAGGAGAUGCUUACAUUAGGUAUCCGGACGACCCAAAUGACCGCCUGUGGGAGCCGGGGACCUUGCUCGGCUGCACCGAGAUCUCCAGCAGCUCCACCGUCGACAACCUCUGGCAGGACUUCUUCAAGGUGCCCUCCGCCGUCUUGCAGACCGCCGCGACCCCCGUCAACUCCACCAAGAUCGACUUCUCCUGGGAUCCGUACCCCGUGGACGAACGAGUACUACCCCAUCUUGCACUUUUCCGAGCUCUCCAACCUCACCGGGACCGACACGUCGCGGCAGUUUAACGUCUACGUCAACGGGUACCGGUGGCUGAAGCAUCCCGAGACCCCGCCAUACCUGAAAUCAGACUACGUGUAUAGCAGUGAGCCCGUCGAGACAUCCCAUAGGUACAACAUCACCCUCGAGGCACUGAGCAACUCCACCCUUCCGCCGAUCCUCAACGCCGUGGAGAUCUACUCGAGGAUGAACGACGCCAAUGUGCCGUCUGAUGCUGGGGACGUUAAUGCCAUGAUGAUGAUCGAAGCUUGGUAUAAGAUCAAGAGGAAUUGGAUGGGAGAUCCAUGUUCUCCAAAGGCAUUUGCUUGGGAUGGAAUAAACUGUACUUUCAGCAUCUUGAAUCAUCCAAGGAUCACUACUCUGAAUCUAUCAUCAAGUGGAUUAACCGGUGAAAUAAACAAGUCUUUUGCCAGCCUUGGUGCAAUUGACUACCUGGACUUGUCUCACAACAACCUAACAGGGACAAUACCUGAUGUUCUAGCUGAACUAACUUCCCUCAAACUCCUAGACUUGACAAGCAACCAGUUAAAUGGAACAAUUCCUUCUUCCCUCCUUGAGAAAUCACAAAAUGGAUUUCUUACCUUAAGGUUUGUGCUAUGUUCAAACAUUAGGUCCUUCCUGUUGGUUUUUACUCAUUCAUGACUUCAAAGAGCUAAUGUUGAUGUUUAAAGAGUUCAAGGAAUGAAAAAGUUGUUGGUAAUUAAGGUGUUAAUAAUUUGACAUGCAAAGGUGCUAGGUUCCAUGUUUCCUUUGAAUUUAUUGAGUUCAUUUUUCAGAUGAAUUUGAGGAAAGCUUUAAAAAUGGUGAACAUUGUAGAAAUUUACUAAGAAAUUGAGGUCGGAAUGAGGAUUUAGUGGAGUUUCAUAAAAUGAUGCGGGACAGAGCACAAGGCUUCCAUCAAUAUAAGGUCUAGGGAAGAUCUUUGUAACCUUAAUUCUGCGAGCAAAGAGACUAUUUUCAUGACUUCAAUUCUGGUCAUCUAGAUCAUAAAAGAGCAACUUUUCCAUGACACGAAGGCCUAUCAUCUAAAAUAUUUUGCUUUUUCUGCAUGACAGUGUACGUUUAAUGUAAUAAGCUAGUUAACACAUGGAAGGAGGUAGCAUUAGGCUACCAACAGAUAUGUAAGCUUCAUCCAAUUCAAGGUUAGAAACACCAUGCCAUUUUGCCUGUGUGACAUGCCAAGUUUUCUGACACUUGAGAUGGAGGUGCUUCCAGGAAGUGGUAAGAGUUUCGGACUGUAUCAGUGGCUUCAGGCAAUUUUGAACAUGUUUUGUUGAAGUUUGGUCUGUUUCAACCUGUUAUGACCAAAUGAGAUGAGAUUUUCAAAGAACCAUUAGGUCUUUUAAGAAAUGAUGAGUUUGGCUCUUUUUUUUUUAGACAUCUCAUACCUAAAUUCUAUUGGAAGUUUCAAUUUUAGAACGAGGGAAACCUAUGGAACAACUGUCUCUUGGAAAAUCCAUAUUUGUAUCAGAAACCAUGAACAAGAGCUCCAACUCUCCAAAAUCUAUUCUCAAUGCAUAAACAAUUUUCUCUGGUUAUACUAUGAACAGGUUUUGCUGUCAAUAAUAUAACUCUAUAUAGGACUCCCAGAACACUGGAUUUCAGUAAAAUAAUGGCCAAGUAUUUAUAGAAGGAACAGGAAAUUUGGUACCUUUACCUGAAGUAAUAAAUAGCUAUAAUUUCUCCUUCAUGUUUCAAGGAGGUUUGGAUUAUUCUGUUGUCUACUGCACUUUUACAGGGACUUCAAAAUUUUCAAAAAAGGUUGUUCUUUCUCUUGGAGAAUUGUAAAGAUGACAACUAAACUUCUUUCAUACUCCCAUCUCUUUUUUCCUCUUUUUGAGCUUGGGUCAUAUUUUCCCUUUGAUAGCCAUCUAUAUUCUAAAACAAGAACAAAGUUAAAUUCUAAUGCUAGAAUUGAAGGGAAUCCAUACCUCUGUUACAAUGGAACUUCACGUAAGGUGACUCCAACAUAAAAAAAGAUGGCAACACCUCUGAUAGUGAUUAUUUGUCUAGUACCUGUUAUACUAGUGCUGAUGGUGGAAGUCACACUCUGGAAGCUGAGGAGCAAAAAGGUAAGCUUUCUCAAAGUGAAGCUCUUGAAGUUGUGCCAAGAGCAGGUUUAAUUCUGAAAGAAUUACAAUUAGUGAAUUAUUAUCUUUUGCUCAAAUUUAUGUAGACUGCAUUUGCUGAUAUCAAGCUUAUUUUAAAGGCUCAAGAAAAGGUAUCACCAUGAAGCCACAGAAUGAAUGCUUCUCCAAGCAAGUGAAUAAUCAUGGUCAUGAUUUAUUGCAACUUGAAUUCGCCAAUUCACAUACAUGGAGUUGAAGAAUGUAACUGAUAACUUUCAAAAGGUCCUAGGGGAAGGAGGAUUUGGGACUGUCUUCCACGGUUGUUUGGAAGAUGGCACUGAAGUUGCAGUCAAGAUGCGAUCUCAGUCAUCACAAGGGAAUAAAGAGUUUCUUGCUGAGGCUCAACACUCUACAAGGGUUCAUCAUCGAAAUUUAGUUUCUAUGAUCGGUUACUGAAAUGAUGGAUGCUAUCUGGCACUUGUCUAUGAAUAUAUGUCUCAAGGAACCCUACAAGAUUGUCUUCGAGUUACUACAACACCUCACGGCUCAGUGAGAAAAGCGAUGUGCACAGCUUCGGGGUGGUUCUUUGGGAGCUGGGAUGUAUGAAGUGAACUCUGCCUGGAAGUCGGCUGAUAUCGCACUGAACUGCACAUCACGAGAGCCACAUCAGAGGCCAACCAUGGGAGAUGUUGUGAUGCAGCUAAAAGAUUGCUUGGAGCUGGAGACCUCUCGUGAUGGUACCGAGAGCCUGGUCACUUGCAGUGAGAACCUACACACAGAAAGCGAUGCAAGCCAGAACAGUGCCCUUGAGAUAGAUAACCUUGCAAGAACAUAUGAGCUUUUUGAUCCAUCGGCAAGGUGAUUUAGGGAUCACCACUCUUCCCUCUUUUCUGAGUCAUUCAAAAUGGUCUUUGGUUGCAGUCUAGCCUUGUUUGGUUUUACUUGCGCUUGCAUCGAGUAAUUGUUUAUGUGAAUGAUGAUGAAAAAUAAUUACUGGCCAUCAGUAAAAGCCAGAGUAAAUGAUAAAUGUAUCAACCAGGUUUUUAUUUUUA